AGAGAGAGAGAGAGAGAGAGAGAGAGAGAGGAGAGGGAGAAGGAGGGGGGUAGAGAAAGAGAGAGAGAGAGCAAUUCUUCAAACGGCGUUUCUCGCGUUUCAGAAGGUGUGCGGGACACAGGGGGUGGCAAAGUAUCGAAGAGGGCGAAACCCGUGGACCCGGACGCGGAAAGCAGUCGCGACAACGAGGACUACUACUACGAGGACGUGGACGAAAGGAACAAUCCGACGAAUGAGGCACCGGCUGUGCCUCCUGGAUUCCUCAGCCCGUCUGUGCGAGAGUAUCUCGAUCUUGGUAAAUCGAUACCUGGUCGAGCUGGCACGGAUUACCCAGUGCUGGGCAAGGUGCCCUAUACGAAUUUCUACUGCGACGACCAGCCGUAUCCGGGCUUCUUCGCCGACGUGGAGACGAGAUGCCAGGCGUGGCAUUACUGCGACAUAGACGGCCGUCAGGCGACGUUUCUCUGCCCAAACGGUACACAAUUCAGCCAAGCGGUGUUCGUCUGCGACUGGUGGUUCAACGUCAGAUGUGAGCUCAGUCCUAAGCUGUACGCGAUCAACAGCCGACUUUAUGGCAGGCCCACUGAAAGUCCAACCAGACCCCAUCGCCUCAUCACCAAGGAACUACUCGAAAAUAUCUUCGUCAGACGGAAAUGA